ACCACCUUCCACGCUUUGGUAAAAAAGAAAAGGAAAGAAAAAAAAAAAAUUACUGAACACAGAAGAGUAAUACCAUUAAGCAAACCCUCUGUCUCCCCUACCAAUUACUCAAUCUUACUACACAUUCAUCAAAUGACAACGAUGAUCAUGUGGAAAAACAACAUCUCUUUCUCUCAAAAAUUAAUUAUAGCAUCCAUUGUAUUAAUCUUUUGUACUUCAACUGUAUCUUCAAGUGCAAUUUUCAGUUUGAAGUUCAGAUAUGCAGGCACGAAUCGGUCCCUCAAUUCCCUUAAACUCCAUGACACUAAUCGCCUUCAAAUGCUUUCCAAUCUUGACCUUCCUUUGGGUGGUACUGGCCGUCCUGACUCCUCUGGGUUGUAUUAUGCAAAAUUGGGUAUUGGGACACCUCCAAAGAGUUUUUAUGUGCAAGUGGAUACAGGGAGCGAUAUCACGUGGGUUAAUUGCAUUGAAUGUACAGAGUGUCCUAGAAGAGGCUAUCAUGGUAUAGAACUCACACUCUAUGAUCCGAAGGACUCCUUAACUGCUCAAAAUGUCUCUUGUGAUGAACCAUUCUGUUUAGAAGUAAAUGGUGGUCCAUUUCAAGUUUGCAAGGCCAAUGAAUCGUGUUCAUUUGCUGAGUUUUAUGGGGAUGGGAGUUCUAGUACUGGAUACUUCAUGCAGGAUAUUGUGCACUAUGAUCAAGUCUCAGGUGAUCUUCAGACUACAACUGCGAACGGUAGUAUCAGUUUUGGGUGUAGUGCUGGGCAAUAUGUGGACCGAGGUUCACCAAACUCUGAUGAAUCCCUUGAUGGUAUUCUUGGGUUUGGGAAGUCGAAUUCAUCUGUAAUCUCACAACUGGCAUCAUCAGGACAAGUUAAAAAGAUGUUUGCCCACUGUUUAGAUGGUGUAAAUGGCGGCGGCAUUUUUGCUAUCGGGACUAUUGUGAAGCCGAGGGUUAACACAACUCCAUUGCUGCAGAAUGAGCCGCACUACAAUGUAAACAUGACUGGGGUCAAAGUUGGAAAUUAUUCAUUGGAUCUUCCAUCAAAUUUAUACGAGUUAGGAGGCAAGAGAGGGGCCAUAAUCGAUAUUGGUACUACCCUUGCUUAUCUUCCUCAGGUUGUUUAUGAGCCACUAGUUAUCCAGAUACUGUCGCAGCAACCUAACUUGAAAUUGGUUAAUGUUCAAGACCAAUAUACAUGCUUCAAGUAUACUGAAAGUGUUGACGAUGGAUUUCCACCUGUAACAUUUUAUUUUGGCAGUGGGCUCUCUAUGACAGUUCAACCUAAUCAGUAUUUUUUCCCUGUUGAUGAUUUGUGGUGUGUUGGCUGGCAAAAUAGUGGGAUGCUGUCCAGGGACAAGAAGAAUCUCACUCUAUUAGGAGAUCUAGUGCUUUCUAAUAAGCUAGUUGUAUAUGAUCUGGAAAACAUGGUCAUUGGAUGGACAGAAUAUAACUGCUCUUCUAGCAUUCAGGUAAAGGAUGAGCAGACAGGAACGGUUCAUCUUGUAGGUCCUCAUUUUAUUUCUUUUGCUUCCUUUGUGGAUAUCCAAACACCCCUACUUGCGUUGUUUAUAGCUCUUGUUUUUACAUUGACGGUAAAUUGAGCUGUUAAUGUUGAUAAAUUUGCAUAUAAUGUUAACAUGAUCAGUUUAAGAAAGUGUAUACAGAUUACAGAUAUAGCAACUAGGAAAAAAUCUGGUGAGAAUCCUUGUAAAUAUUAUACAAAUCAAAAUUUUUGCACCAAAUGAGUGCAAUUUGUAAUUGUCUGGACCGAUUAUCUAGACCUGAGCAUAAAGUAGUACAUUUUUGGCUUUGGCAUCAAGUA